UGACACUUGAGUUGUCAAUUUUCUAGUUCAAUGUUAUUUUAGGUCCAAAAAUUAAUGAAAACCCGGGGAGGUGUGACAGAUUUGAAACGAAUCCAGUUAUGUAAACGGUAAAACAUGAUAUUGCGUUAACCCCAUUCACUUCAGUUGUAGUUACCUGUCAGUAAUUUUGAAAUGUCCAAUAGUACUUGUAAUUUCUAAUAAAUCCACAAAAUGCAUAUUGAUUUGCCAAAUUGGAUGGGUGGAUUGGACAAUGAACUGAAAUCUAUACCAAUUACAUCUCUUGCCAUUCCAGGGACUCACGAUUCUAUGACAUAUACUAUUACAAAAGAUGCAUCAGUGGCUCCUGAUUCAGAAAAACUUGUUCGGCAACUAAUCAAGUUCUGUGGAUUCAUAAUACGCCCCAUCGUAUAUAGGUGGUGCAUUACUCAGACUUGUACUGUAUUAGAACAGCUUGAUCUUGGAAUAAGAUACUUCGAUCUAAGGCUUGCAACUAAAGAAGGAACUGAUGGUAUUUAUUUUUGUCAUGGUUUGUAUGGAGCAAAGGUGAAUGAAGUUUUUCAAGAUAUUAGAGAUUUUCUCGACAGCCAUCCAAAGGAAAUAGUGAUUUUAGAUUCUCAACAUUUUUAUGCUUUUACUGAUGCUGAUCAUGAAAAUUAUAUUUGCUUGUUGGAAAGAAUGUUUCCUACGAUGUUGUGCCCUAUUCCGAGAAGUAUAGCUGAUGUUACUUUGAACUGGAUGAUGCAGAAUCAAUAUAGGGUAAUCGCUAUUUACAGAAACAAUCAUGCUGAAUCCAAGAAUUUCCUUUGGGGAUCAGUACUCUGGCCAACACCUUGGCCUGAGACGAUGUCCACAGAUGAACUCCUCAAGUUCCUAGAAAGUAGACUCAAUAAAAGAUCUCAUAGUAUUGGUUUAGUUUCUCAGUGUGUUCUAACUCCAACUAACGGUACAGUGCUUAAGUCUCCCUUUUCCGGAGUCAGGUCUAAAUGCGCAAUACCGUCUUGUAAAGCCGUUUUACCUUGGUUAGAUCAGAAACAGCAGGGUUCUGUUAAUGUCGCCAUCGCCGAUUUUAUUCAAAUUGACAAUCAUUCCUUUCCCUCAACUGUCAUUGCUCUAAAUUAUAAACAAAAAUUAAACAGUCUGUCCUAUUAACUCAAUUGUAUUUUUAAAAAAAUAUUUAGAAAAUUAACUUUCGAAAUUUAAAAAAUAAAUUA